UAGAACCAAAGCAUGAAAAAGAAAAAGGAAACAAAAACAAACAUAAAUAAAGCGAACAUAAAUAAAUGAAGAACAAAAUCAAUCACCGAGUGAAACAUCGUAAAUAAAAUUGUAUAAAAAUAUGAAUCCCGAAGCAAGAAUAAAAGCACGAAAAACGAAACACGAACAAAAAUUAACCGAAAUGUCUCGGAAAUGAAAAGGAAUGAAACGACGGUGCCGAGACGCAACGGCGAUUAUCGCGACAGAAAUAUUUCGAAAAUGCUCGAACUUUCACCUUACCCGCAUUUCGGUCGCGCAAUUAACUUGUCCAGUACAGAGACGUCCGACGCACAAACGCUGGCUCCCUCGAUGGUAAUUAACGCGACGUUAGCGGCCGCACUUAAGUGCACUAAAAUCGGUUUCGGCUCAGGAAUGUUCAUCGACCCGCCUAAUCGCCCGACAGAUCGCCGACGGACCCCAAAAGUCUCCUCGAUGGUCAAACAUCGAAAGACGGUUCCAACAUGCGGGCAUAUCUUCUAUUUCCGUCUAUAAAAGCCCCUGCGUCGCUGAAGAGAGCUUUAGUCUUCCAGCAACCACCUUCAGGGUGACACGUGUUCAAUGGUGUUCAAGUAUCGGCAAUGCUAGCGUUGAGAAUCUAGACCUAAUCUAACUUUCGAGGCGAUCGAGUGCGGAAUUCUUCGUUAAAUAUCAAGUAUCGAGGUCCAAGGUCGUCGAGGGACACAACCAUGAAGCCAACAACGAUAAUAACGAUGCUUCUUGGACUGGUUUAUUCUUCGUUCGCGUUGGAACUGAGUCGACUCUUCUGGAACCAAUCGCCAACGACACCAGACGAUGCUCAAGUGAUAGAGAUCGUCAGGUGGCGUCAACCCAUCUGCGUGGUACCUGACGAAGGAGUCCUGCCCUGUUCUCACACCCUGAGGAAAUUCCAGAUGGAGUACGAGCGAUUCAACGGCAAAACUCUGGACGAAAGGACGGCGGAACGCUCGAGGGUUGAUCUGGAACCAAGCAUUCCAGCCAUGGAUGAAGAAAGCACCAUUGAACUGAUUGUCCCAGGAAUCGAUGCACCAGUGCCUGCGAGUAACUCUAAUGGAGACUCAAAAGGAUUCUCAGAAGGAUUCUCAGACGGGAAUAUGUCAGAGUUCCACUUGGAGAAGAAGAAGAAGUUAGGAUUAGAUGAAGAAGAUAGGAUUAAAUUGACACCCCCAGAAGUCGAAGCAACGAGUAACCCUGGGUCCCCUGAAGUCCCAGAGGGAUUCUCAGAAAGGAAUUCUUCACAGUUCCACCUGGAGACAUCAGAAUCGGCAGAUGAAGAAUUUAGGAUUAAAUUAACAUCCCCAGAAGUCGAAGCAGCGAGUAACCCUGGGUCCCCUGAAGUCCUAGAGGGAUUCUCAGAAGGGAAUUCUUCACAGUUCCACCUGAAAACGCCAGAAUUAACUCGGGACCAAGGGAAGAGUAUCAGAAUAGCCAGACGUUUCUCUUCAGGAAGUUCCUCUUCAAAGCUGCAUAAGAUUUACGUCACCAAGGUCCUGGAGUCGCCGAUGACCGCCACUCUGGUGGCCCGGAACUGUCUACCAGACAUUGGCGUGCCAUUCUGCGAGGACUACCAAGACUAUAUUCAACCCGCGAAACCGUACGUGGAUCCCAAGCCUACUCUAACCAUCUCUGCCGAAAUUGAAUCGGACGAACGCAGACAGAGACACGUUUACGAUUCUUAUCCGCGCAGAGACGCGGUACAAGGUUUCUUCGUUGGGACAAGUCCGCAGAAGUUUGUGAUCAUCGAUUUCAAUUCUGCUCGAUCGGCUGUGAAGCUUCAGAGUGGAGAUGCCGAAGACGCUGACAGGCCUGGAGUCAGGAGUGUUUACUAUACGAUCAAGAAUCCAAGUCAGUCUGAGGAUUCCGAACUCGCGACAGACCUGUCGAAGAAGACUGAAGGCAACACGACAGGAUCGUCGCGGGUGCCAAGUGGUUCUGAGAGCAAUAACUCAGGUAUUGCUGACGGUUGGAGUAUAAGAGACGAAGAUGAGUCCAGCAGGGUCCCGAUACGUGUGCCGCGGUACGAAGGACCGGAUGUUCCUGCGCUGUCGGGCCUUUUCGAGGGGCUGGAGGACGGUGAUCGUAAGGAAUCCUUGAGGAGACCUAUGGGAAAGGAGUUUCCUGAGAAUGAUACUUCAGAUAUGGGUGACACUCGAUUCGGUACAGUUGAAGAAGAGGUUGACGAAGACUAUGUAGAGGUACCUGAGCUGACCGAACCGAAUUUUCCUGCUUUGGUGAGCCUCUUUGAGGGACUGGAAAACAACCACCGGGAAAAAUCUCUGAUGAAACCUAUGACAAAGUUGGAAGACUUGAAGAGACCAAUCGUGGAUAGGAAUCGCGGUAAUUCACUUGUAGAACUACCUAAGGAUCAAGUAUCGAACGUUUCUGAAUCGUCUAACCUCUCCAAGGACCUGAAAGGUACCCAUCAGGAAUCCUUGAAGAAAUCUAUUGCAAAGCUGAAGAAUUUCGAGAGUAGUAGCUCAAAUUUAACUGAUGAUCACAGCGAUACAGUUAAAGAAGAGUCUUUGACAAUCCCACUGGAAGAAAUGAAGAAGACAUUAACGAUGAUGGAAAUCCCAUCUCGUGACAUUACCUCGAACGUCACGCAGACGCCUGAUCCUGUUCAAGAAAUAUCUUUGACAGAACCUGAAGGAAACUUAGAGGAACCCGAAAGUAAGAACUCGUUCGUAGCUAAAGGAAGCAAAGUCCCAGUGGAAGAAAGAAAGAAAACAUCAACGUUGAUGAAGGUUUCUCAAAACAACACCUCAUACGAUGGACUGACAAGACCUGAGCUGCCGAACACACAGCUGAAGCUACCUGACCCUGAAGAAACCAACACCAUAACUAACAAUCUAAACAGAACAGUUGGAGAAGAACCUAUCAAAGCACCACUGGAAGAAAUGAAGAAUGCAUCAACGAUCCUAAACAGCUCCUCUAUUCAGAAGAUACCUGAAGAAGAAUCCACUGUCCCCCAGGAACCUUCAACAGAGCCUUCGAGGAACUCGGAGGGUUCCAAAAAUAGUAACUCCUCUUUCAGCCAGGAAAAGGACCAAAAGCUCUCCCAAGAAUCUCACGAAAACGCGACCAAGACGGAAACGUUGACAACCACUCCUCCCUCGCAGAAUCCACUCCACAAGUACGGUCAGAGAUCGAACAGAACGUCGACGAAGACUCCCACUAGGACACGAGUCAUAGGUCACAGGAACUACAGACCUGGACACAUGUUCCAUCGCAGGAAAGGCGCCAGUCCUAGAUUGAAACUGAAGCCAUCGGGUGGCAACAGUACUCGCGUCGGUGCAGUGAGAAGGAAGUACAACAAGUCUCGACUGGCGUGGGUCAAACCACGUCAAUGACGAUGGACGUUUUAUGAAUAUAUUCUAUGGUGAAAUCGAGAUUAUGACGGCGACCUCGAAUCCUGUUAGAACGAGCAAAAUCUGGAAAUAGAAAGGGUCGAAAACACCGAGUUGUUCGAAUUCUUGGUUGUUGAUCUAAAAUGGGGGAUUGGUUUCGAGGUAGACCGAAGGUGAAUAGGUAUCUC